AUGCUUUUGCUUGUUGCUUGUUGCUUCUUGAUUCUUGCGUCUUGCUUGUUCUUGCUUAUUGCUUGUUGCGUGUUGCUUGUUGCUUGUUGCCUGCUGCAUGUUGCUUGUUCUUCUUCUUCUUCUUGUUGCUGUUGUUGUUGCUUGUCUGUCUGUCUGCCUGCCUGCCUGCCUGCCUGCCUGCCUGCCUGCCUGGCUGGCUGGCCGUCUGUCUGUGUGUCUGGCUGGCUGUCUGUCUGUCUGUCUAUCUGUCUGUCUGUCGAUCUCUUUGGUUGUUUGUUUGUUUGUUCGUUGUUUGUUCGUUUGUUCGUUUGUUCGUUUGUUCGUUUGUUCGUUUAUUCGUUUGUUCGUUUGUUCUUCUGUUCUUUUGUUCGUUUGUUGGUUUGUUGGUUUGUUUGUUUGUUUGUGCGUGCGUGCGUGCGUGCAUGCGUGCGUGCGUGCGUGCGUGUGUUUGUUUGUUUGUUUGUUGGCUGCCUGUUGGUGCAUCAGUUUCUCGUGCACUGUGGGCAGGAUGAGGCCUCCGAUGACGACAUUGCAAGAGUUCUUACGCAGCUGCUGCUUGCAAGACCGGAGGCGGAGCCAACUCUGUUGGCUGUCCUCAACUGUGUUGCCGCUAUCCCUGGCGAAUUCGGCAGAAAGACACGUGGAGGCCUUGUUGAUCCACCUGAGAUCGUGGAUCUCCCGGAGGUGUCCCUGGAUGUCCCGGUGGCAGACCGGCCGAGGCUGCGUUUUGCGACGUGCAACUACUUCGUGGGCGAGGAGGAACUCAAAGUUGAAGUACAGGUCUUGCGGUCCGGCAACCUGAACUGCGAGUCCAGAGUACAAAUGCACACACGGGAUCUAUCUGCGAAGGCCGGCAUUAACUACGUGCACGCGAGCAAAAUGCUUGUUUUCAAGCCUCAAGCGGAAAGCGUCCUUUUCAGUGUGGACCUGAUAGCAAGCGACGAGUGGUCGCCCACCCUCGAAUUUGAGGUGGUGCUUGAUCCAACAACGGUGACAAAUGCCGACUUGGACGCCUACGGAGCCCGCUCUCGUGUUAAGAUUGAUGACAAGGACGCCUUUCCUUCAAACGUGGUGGAUGUGCGACAGCUUGCCAAGAGCCUUUCUUGGGAACAUUUGAGGCAGGCUCUCGAGAAUGCCCCAAUGCUGGUGCUGAUGGCGGAAUACUUGAAACUCAACUUCCGCAACGAUGUCGUGCGACGAGGCACCUUCAAGAUGUGUUUGCAGGGCCAGUGCCAUCAUUUGUAUGGCAUCCUGAGGCUUUUCCUCAGCGUGCUGCUGGUGGACCGGGUCCUGAAAGGUAGCGAAGAGGAUUGGAUGGCCGGGACCACCGACUCCUUGAGCGAGUGGUUGUUCCACACCCGCCCCGGGAUGCUGGUGCUCGUCAUGAGUGGCAUGCUGAUUCCAUUCGUUGGCCUGCACUACCUCGACUUCAUUUCGAUGACUUGGAGAGUAGGUGGAACAUCACGCGCCCAGCUCUUGUCAGCGCUUGUUCGCAGACUCCUUCACUAUGACGUGACUUCCAGGAUAGACAUCAAACAAGGAGCCGAGAUAAUGGCCAUGACCAAGGAUGUCGAUGAUAUCGUUCAGAACGGUUACAUGGGAGUUCUGGAAAUUAUCUCUCAUCUCCAGAAUUUGGCAACUGUCUUGGCGUACCAGGUGAUAUCACGCCUGAUCCUUCAAGAACCGAUCAGCCCGUGGAGUAUUGCUCCACUCUUGAUUCAUCCCAUACUGCUUGCAAUGUUUGCGAUUUGCCGUCGGUCUGCAACCGUCGACGUGCAACAGGUCGAAAAUGCCGAACGGUCUGCCCUGGUCAGCCAGAUGCAAAAUGUCACCUUGAACAACACGAUCAUUCGCAACCUUGGUGGGGUUUGGAAAGCCAUCGACCAGUUCGAGAGCCGGGUCGCAGGAUACAACACAGCGGUGAACAGCACCCUGCAAGUCAUGAAGAACAACAUCUAUUUUACGAACUGGGUUGGUCUGGCUAUGUUGGCAGCGUACACGCUGGUCGGUGGUCUGGAGGUCGUGGAUGGCAAAAUGAGGAUGGGCCUGUUCCUUGCGGAUAUCACAUUGUUCACGCAGAUCAAUGUGACGUGGAGCAUGAUUUGCAGCAGAGGUGUGGAGAUCAACAGCAUCUUUCCUGGAUUGGAGAGAGUCGUCAUCUUAAUGAAUUUGCCAACCGACCUCCCAGAGCGAAGGAGGCUCCUCAGGCGGGGCCGCGAGCCAGACUUGUGGCCACAGCUUGCAGCACUUAGCAUUGGCACCGUGCGCAGUGAGCUUGCUCCAAAGACGGGCAUGCUUCGCAGAUGUACUAGUUACUAG